AUGCCUGAUGGCUUGGACAACGCCUUCGGAGCGGGCACCCACGGUGAUGAUAUGAAUGGUGGUAAUGAACGCAAGAUGGGUGCUUGUUUCAACUGCGGCGAGGAGGGUCAUUCCAAGGCCGAGUGCCCUCACCCUCGCAAAUUCAAGGGUGAAUGCCGCAACUGUGGUCAAGAGGGCCACAUGGGUGCUGACUGCCCUACCCGUGUCGUCAAAUGCAAGAACUGUCACCAGGAAGGCCACGAUGCCCUGAACUGCACCAACCCCAAGUUUGUCGACAAUGCGCGGGUUGCUGACAAGUCGGAGAACGAGGCUUGGGACUUGCUCACGCAAGCCAGUAGUGAACGUGAUAUUGGAGACUUCAAAGAGGCACUUCAAAUUCUGUCCAAGGCUGCUCCUCACUACACCUAUCCUGAGCUCGAGAAGGAGUUCCGCAAGCGUGACUUCAGCAUCUACUUGAUUGCCAUGUUGAAGGACCAUGGUGACACUUGGACCAAUGUCAAUCUCCAAGGCGAGACCGGCAAGAAGUACGCUGUGAGCUACUUCACCUCCGACAAACCUCAGCGUCCUACGCUCGUCGACAAAUGGCCAGCGUCGACCGAGGAAAACCUUGCUCGUCUUGCUGAUGCCGGCGUUCCUCUUGAUCGUGGAGUUGACAAGUGCAACAAUUGCAAUAAGGUUGGUCAUAUUGCCAAGCGAUGCCCUGAGGAAAGAAUUGCAAGUGUUCAGCCCACCGUUACCUGCUACUUGUGUGGUGAGGAGGGUCAUCGUGUCCGUGACUGUGCCCAGGAGCGUAAGCGUGGUGGUCGCGCCUGCAAGAUCUGUGAGUCCGAGGAGCAUUUGGCCAAGGACUGUCCCAACAAGGAGAAGCGAGCUUGUCGUAACUGUGGUGACGAGGACCACAUGGCGAGAGAUUGUCCCACUCGCGACAAGAGAACUUGCCGCAACUGUGGAGAGGAGGAUCAUAUGGCGAAAGACUGUCCGGCUCGUGAAAAGAGAACUUGCCGUAACUGCGGCGACGAAGAUCAUGUGGCUCGAGACUGCCCCCAACCACGAAAGAUUACCUGCAACAUCUGCAGUGAGGAAGGCCACAUUGCUCGCGAAUGUCCCAAGCAAGGUCAAGCUGGUCCCCGUCCACCCCGCGACUGGACUAAGGUUACCUGCAGCAUUUGCAAUGAGAAAGGUCAUGGUCGUUCGCGCUGCCCUCAAGCUCAAUCAGCUGAGGUUUUUGGACAGCCUGAUCCUGGGAAAGCCCACGGUGCACAUGGCGUUGGUGCUGGCUGGGAGACUACCCCGACCACUGGCUCUGCGCCUGCUGACUGGGAAACUCCUCCAACUGGCGAGUCUGCCUGGGGUGGUGCGCAAGCUGUUGCCGGUUCUGGCUGGUAA